UAGAUUAAUUGAACAGCCGGUGGAAAGCAAUGCAACGUGGAGUAUGACGAAUAUCCCAAAUUAGAACCGUGUCUAAAUCCUUACUCGAGAGUCCAAUCUGAUGUUUCAAUUUCCGACCUAUCACUCACCGCCUCUCUAUUCCGUCUUCCUCAGCUUUCCCAUAUAAGAAAAUUUUUGAAUUUCCCGGGAGAUUCUGUUUUGCUCAUUGAAAAUUCAUUCUGAACGAUCCCCAUGUUCAUCAGCUUGCCUUUCCAUCGACCCUUCUGCUCUUCCUCAACCACAAGGAAUUUACUUGGAAACAUCAUGGGAGGCAAAUAUUGUUCAAUAUAGAGGGCAAAGUUGUCGAUUGCUCAGAAAGGGAAGAUUGUUGAUAUCUCUAUUUUGCUCCUCAAGGAAUAUCCAAGCGUCACGUAAAAUUUCCAUUAGUUCCUCAUCGAUCAAUGAAGAAAAGCCUCACCAAAACUUUACAAGGGACAAGCAGCUAGUUCCUGAUUCAGACCCCCCUAGCAUGAAGGAUGUUGAUCUUUUAUAUAACUUUCUUGAUCGCAGUUCCAAGCUUGUGGUAUUGACAGGAGCUGGGAUAAGUACGGAAUGUGGAAUUCCUGAUUAUAGAAGUCCAAAUGGAGCUUAUAGUUCUGGUUUCAAACCAAUUACACAUCAGGAGUUUGUUCGUUCAAUACGGAGUCGUCGUCGGUAUUGGGCAAGGAGUUACGCAGGGUGGAGACGUUUUACAGAAGCACAGCCUGGCCCUGCGCAUUUAUCUCUGGCAUCUCUAGAAAAAGUUGGCCGAAUUAAUUUAAUGGUCACUCAAAACGUUGAUAGGUUGCACCACCGUGCUGGUAGUGAUCCACUUGAAUUACAUGGAACAGUGUAUUCUGUAAUUUGUUUAGAGUGCGGCUUUUCCAUUUGUAGGAAUUCAUUUCAGGAGCAAGUGAAAGCUCUCAACCCAAAGUGGGCAGAAGCAAUCGAAAGUUUGGAUGUUGGAGACCCAGGAUCGGAUAAGAGCUUUGGCAUGAAGCAAAGGCCAGAUGGUGAUAUUGAAAUCGAUGAAAAAUUUUGGGAGCACGAUUUCUGUAUUCCAACCUGCCAAAAGUGCAACGGAGUGCUCAAACCUGAUGUCGUAUUCUUUGGUGAUAAUGUACCAAAGGAUAGAGCUAAUAAGGCGAUGGAAGCUGCUAAAAAUUGUGAUGCUUUCCUCGUAUUGGGGUCAUCUGUGAUGACCAUGUCUGCUUAUCGUCUAGUGAGAGCUGCUCACGAGGCAGGUGCUGCUACUGGAAUUGUAAAUGUAGGUGUAACAAGAGCUGAUGACUUUGUAUCAAUGAAAAUCAACGCUAGGUUGGAUACUGCCCAGAGUGCUUCAUAUAGGUUCCCUCAGCAUACCUUCUGUCCAAUAACAAUAACUUCACUUCAGGUCUCUGUUUCAAUAUUACAACUCUUUCAUAUUUAUCAGUACAGAAUCUAUUUUAUAUGCUUUCCCAAUUUACUUUUGGGGAAUUGAUUUCUUCAUUGUUAUGUUAGUAAUAGCACGAGCUCUCUGGAAACUGAACUGCUCACAAUUUUAGAUUAUUUUCUUAUCUGAUCUUUUUUUUUUCCAAAAAUAAAAUAAACAAACAAUAUUUCAUGUUAUUUCAUUUCGUUUCUCCA